UUGCUUUACAAGCGAGAGAACUGGUCAUUUCGAGGGCGUGGGGGAGGAGACUUGGCGAUCUUGAGGGGUCAAAAUGCUAACACUCAACCUGUGCUUUUCUGGCUUUUAGUAUACGUCUAUUCUGUUUCUGGUCUUCUAGACAGAGUCCGAGAAGAAAUAGCACCAUAUAUUAACAUUUCCCAGACAGAUUCUACUCCGGAAAUCGUGUCGAUGAACCUUUCAGCCUUGUCACACAACUGUUCGCUUUUAAAGGCGUGCGUUUUCGAAACUUACCGCAUGGCCAACGAAGCAACAUCC